AGUUGUUGCCGAAUUGUUUACUUCCGCGCAGAGCAUAGUGGGAAGUAUUCAAGAUGGCCGCCUCCAUGAAAAAAUCACACGGACUUUCGUAGACGUAGACGUCCUACUUUUCGACAUUUCAUCACGUGUAUGACGUCCUAUGAGUUUGAUCUUUGAAUAGAACACUCCAUGAUGAAAGUGCUACUGUCCAAUGUUGUCAACGGCUGUCGGGUGGGGUCCAUCACAGAAGUCGGUCGGCAUGGCAACAAGGUUCUGGAGUUCCCCGGGUGUCUGUUGUACACAAGGUGUGGAUCAGCACCACACCUGACGUACGAUGUUCUACAGAAGCUGGACACCGUACCUGAGGGAGUACAGAUCACACUGCCUACACUAGCGGAGCAGCAUCAUGUUGUUAAAGACUUUCAGCAGGGAAUCGGAAAAUUCACCGGCAUGGAGGACUUCUUUUUGUACUGCUCUGUGCAAGAUCCUGCUGUGAGGGAGGCGACGGGAUACAACUUCAACAAGGGGGUGUCAGUGUGGGGGCCAGGGGGUAGGAUAAAGUUGGAGGUGGCAGACUUCAUGGCCAUACAGAAAGCGUUCCGUCCUGACUGGUACCAGUGUCUGUGUGAUGGAGACACUGCUUCUGCUGACACCUCCACCAAGAGGGUGCGCAAGUCUGUCGACAGGACAUUAAACUUCUUGGAUCAGUGUCUGGAAAUACACCAGAAGUCACAGGAGUUGAAGGGCUCAGAAAUUCUGGGUGUGAUAGAAGGAGGAGAUCUGUUAGAGGAAAGACUGAGGUCUGCAAGGGAGACAUGUAAAAGACCUGUGGCAGGUUUUGUACUGGAUGGUUUCCAGAGCUUUGCCAUGGAGAGAGAAACCAGGAAAAAUCUUCUCAAAGCUGUUCUGGAAGUGUUACCUGAGGACAAGCCCAGGAUCAUCCAUGCUGUCAGCAGGCCAGAUGAGGUUCUAGAGGCUGUUGAGUGUGGUGUGGACUUCUUUGACAGCUCAUUUCCCUACCAGGUUACAGAGAGGGGCUGUGCUCUUGUCUUUCCAUUUUCAAAAAGAUCACACUCAGAUGUUUGUGAUGAGACAAUGAUACAGGGUCCAGAUGAUUCCAGUCAGGAAACGACAGAGAAUCAACACUGCCGGGGGUCAAUCGAAGACAAGCGGUCACAGAGGACUAAGUUUGAGAUGGAUCUUAAUGACAAGGAAAAGUAUGCCUGUGACUUCAGACCAGUACUCCCAGGCUGUUCCUGCUACUGUUGUCAGAACCACAGUCGGGCGUACAUCCACCAUCUACUACAGACUGGGGAACUCCUGGCUAGAGUGCUUCUUAUGAUGCAUAACUUCCAUCACUAUUUCGGCUUCUUCGCAGCUAUAAGGGAGUCACUACACCAGGGGACAUUCCAGGAGCUGAAAACUAUGGUCACUCAGAGGACCAAAUGAUUGUUACUCGUCAUUAACUACUAUGAAGUUGACUAUUUCAGGGAUGACAUAAAUAUCAAUAAUUCUAUCUGUUGUUUGUGUAAUCUUGUAUUCUAUCAAUGUAUAAGUAAUACUUAUAUAUACUAUUAUGUGUUUCUUUGAGUAGACUUGUAACUGGGUAGUGCAAAAAUUUUCAACAAUGUGAAAGACUCUGACAGGCCCUUUUAAAACCAUGUCUGUACUUUGCAGGCCAGAAUAAAAUGUUCCAACCAUUGA